AUGCGACAGCCAUGAGUUUCUAUUUUUUCCAUCGUAGUACUGCCAAGAACAAAAUAUUGUUCACUUUUGUAAACCUUGACAGUUUGAGUUGCGAGGCGAACUGCCAAAGAGAGACCAUAAAACAUGACACAACCAGAUAUUAGUAGCGGGGAAAAUAGAUGGACACUCCAGGGGAAGACGGCUCUGGUCACCGGUGGAACGAAAGGCAUAGGGCAUGCCAUUGUUGAAGAACUAGCUGGGUUUGGAGCCACUAUCCACACAUGUUCUCGCAAUCAAAAUGAACUAGAUCAGCGUUUGGGAAAAUGGAAAAGCAAAGGUUUUCAAGUUAGUGGAUCUGUUUGUGAUGUGUUAUACAGGGACCAAAGAGACAAACUAAUAGAAACCCUCUCUUCUCUCUUUGAAGGGAAGCUCAAUAUCCUCGUGAACAAUGCUGGGAUGACAAUACCGAAAAGUACCACGGAAGUUACAGCCCAAGAUUUCUCGACAAUAAUGGGUACCAAUUUUGAGUCUGCUUAUCAUUUUUGCCAAAUAGCACACCCUCUUUUGAAAGCUUCAGGAAAUGGAAACAUUGUGUUUAAUUCUUCCAUAGCGAGUGCCGUUGCUCUACCUAUGCAUUCUGUUAAUGCAGCAUCUAAAAGUGCAAUAAACCAAGUUACAAGGAGCUUGGCUUGUGAAUGGGCAAAGGACAACAUUCGAGUUAAUUCAGUUGCUCCAGGGAUCAUCAAAACUCCUCUUGUUGAGAAUCUAAUAGGCAAUUUCGAAAUGGGAAAACAUAUGGAUGAUAUAAUUGCUGGAACUCCAAUGAGUCGCGCCGGAGAGCCCAAGGAGGUUUCAUCUGCGGUAGCAUUCCUUUGCCUUCCGGCGGCUUCCUACAUCACUGGACAGAUCAUUUAUGUGGAUGGUGGAUUUACAGUCAAUGGCUACCCACCGACUCAGCAGUAGAAAAUAAUUUGGUCUUUAAUUUUACUUAAUUUAAUGUCGGUGAUAUCUAAAUGAUUCUACACUCAAAUUAGAAAAUUAAACUCUUCAUCUUAUAUUAGCUUUUUUUAAUUUUGUACUAAUUAUUUUGGAUUGAAACUCCAAAAUCUGGACCUUUAUCAAGGAAAACAGUGAAAAAUCCACUAGACUGUUCUUGGGGACAUAUAAGGAUUUCCUAAGGUGAACUUCUGUAGUCCGAAUAAAAGAAUUUGGUCCUGCUUUU